AUGGAUCAGAUUGAAAUGCUCACUACUGAUCGACACGUUACUUCAGUAGAACGUGUGGCUGCUGACAUUCCAAUGCAUAACAACUCUGAACUACUUUCGAACACACAGUCUACAUCCGAUUUCUAUGAUGAAACACAAGAGAAGGAUGAAAUCAGCAUUUCGAAUCCUUUACAUGAGCUAAAACGUUCCAUUCUUGGAACACCGAGCGGCAUUCUCCGUAUCUUCUUAUCUUCUACAUUCAUUUGUACCACGAUGGCUAUUGGAAUUAUCAUCGUUUGCUUAACUGCACCAAAACCAAAAGUAUUGACAUGCGGAUUAAAUUUCGUGCGAACGGGAACAAAUCCCAUCGAAUAUAAUUAUGGACCAGUAUCCGUUGCCAUCGGUGACUUUAAUCUGGACACUUGGAUCGAUAUGGUCAUUGUCAAUUCGAUUGUUAGUCGGAUCGGAGUUUAUUUUGGAAAUUCGAAUGGAACUUUUGUCAAAGAAUACGAGUAUUCAACUGGUAUCAAUUCCCAUCCCACAAUGGCUGCAGUCGACAAUCUCAAUAAUGACUCAUAUUUAGAUAUUGCAAUUGCAAAUUAUAACAGUCAUACUAUUGGAAUCUUUUAUGGAUUCGGUAAUGGAUCGUUUCAAGAUCAAAUCGAAAUAUCAACAGGAAUCUCACAACCACUAUCACUUCAUCUAGUUGAUUUCAAUAAUGACACAUUUGUUGAUAUUAUUGUUAUUAAUCAUGGAACGAACAGUAUUAGUAUAUUCUAUGGUGAUAGAAAGGGAAAUUUUGUCAAUCUAUUUACUUAUUCAACUGGAUAUGAUUCGUUUCCAUAUGCAUUGACUACAGGAGAUCUAAAUAAUGAUAAUCGCUUAGAUAUUGUUAUUGCAAAUUUUGGAACGAACGAUAUACAUUUAGUGUUUUUUAAUAGUAGUAAUACGAUUCAACAAUCACUGAUCAUUUCAACUGGGGUCGAUUCUCAACCAUCAUCGGUUGUAGUUGCAGAUUUCAAUUCGGAUGGAUUCGUUGAUAUUGCUGUUAGUAACUAUGGUACGAAUAUGACUUAUGUACUUUUAAAUGAUGAACAUGGAAAAUUUUUGGAGCGAACAUUGUAUUCGAUCGAUUCUUCUUCGCCAUACUCGAUCCGCGUCGGAGAUCUCAAUGGAGAUGAUCGAUUGGACAUAUUUACUGUUAAUAUCGGACUGAACAACACUGCUUUACUUCUGGGUUUGGGCGAUGGCAGUUUUUCCAAUGUAAUGAUGAACACAACUGGAUCUGCUUCGUCCAUCUCGUUUGUUUUAUGUGAUUAUAAUAAAGAUAAUCGGUUGGAUGUAAUCGUCGUUAGUAAUGACACUGGAAGUAUUGAACUUCUCAAAGGAUAUUUUGCAGGUUUUCCAUCAUACGCAAAGCACGAUGUUGGGUACAAUUCGACGACUGUAGCUGUCAAUGAUUUUAACUAUGACGGAAUAUUAGAUAUGAUACUUCUUAGUAAUACAGAUGACAUGAUGAUGGUGUCUUUUGGAUAUGGUAAUGGAACAUUCCAAAGUCCUAAUCUCUAUGAAACGAACGACAGUCCAUAUUCCUUAGCGAUGGGUGACUUUAACAACGACACAAAUAUGGACGUGGUUGUUGUCAAUCGUGAUAGUCAUAAUAUUUGUGUAUAUCUUGGUGAUAGUGACGGUACUUUUGAAACUCCAUCGAACUAUUCAACGGGCUCCGAGCCAGUGUUCGCAGCUGUUGGUGAUUUUAACAACGAUCACCGUCUGGAUAUUGUUGUUGCUAACUAUGGUAGCGAUAGUGUGAGCGUCUUCUUAGGAUACGGCAACGGCAGUUUUACAACUCAACGAAGAUACUCAAGUGGCUAUAGGCCAUAUUGCGUAGCAAUAAGUGACUUUAAUAAUGAUAAUCAAGUCGACCUGGUUGUUGCCAACUAUAGUAACAAAACUAUAACCAUUCUUAAGGGAUAUAACAAUGGAAGUUUUGGAAAUCCAACAACAUAUGGAACUGGUACACGCCCAUACUUUGUAGCGGUUGCUGAUUUGAAUAAUGACAGCCGAAUGGAUAUUGUUGUUGCUAAUUCUAAAAGCGGUACGGUGAGUGUUAUAUUAGGAGAUCGUAACGGUACCUUUGCAACACAAGUUACAUAUGGAGUGGGUAGCGCACCAGCAUGGAUAGUUAUUGUCGAUUUAAAUAAUGACACACGAUUAGAUCUUAUUGUCAGUUGUUCUGAAGUGACAACUGUGUACAUUUUAUGUGGACUCAGUAAUGGUUUGUUCGAAGCUGCAGUGUCAUAUCGUGUGCACGUACACGCAUUUUCUGUAGCAGUUGGAGAUUUGAAUAAUGAUAAACGGCUGGACUUAAUUCUAACAGCCAAUAGUGGUACCAAUGUAAGUAUAUUACUCCAGUCUGAUACAGGUGCUCUGGCAACCGACUUAAUAUAUGCAUCUGGUGGUGGUUCCAUAUUACAGUCAAUGGCCAUUUGCGACCUGAAUAACGAUAGUCGACUAGACAUGGUUGUUGCGAAUUAUGGUACUGAUGAUAUUUCAAUUCUGUUUGGUACUGACAAUGAGACUUUCCUCAGUCGACUCACGAUUGACAUGGAACUGAAUUCUCAACCUACAUCAGUUGCUAUUGGCCAUUUCAAUGAUGAUUCUCAAUUAGAUAUUGCAGUAGCUCUUUCUGGUUUUUGUCAAGUUGGAAUGUUACUUGGAGAUGGUCGAGGAUCUUUCAUCCGUCAAGCAACCUACCAGUUUCCUUCUGGAUCUCCUCCGUUCGUUAUUUCCUCUGGAGAUUUUAAUAAUGAUGGACGAACAGAAAUUGUUGUUGGAUACGAUGAUAGUGAUGAGAUUGACAUACUUACUGUGUUGAAUUCUGGAUCAUUUGCAGAUCCGCAGACAUAUUUAGUUGGAAUAAAUCCACGGUUUAUAGUCCUAGCAGAUAUGAAUAACGACAGUUAUGCUGACAUGAUGGUUGUUAACUAUGAUUCUGACAGCGUAAGCGUCUUCUUAGGAGUUGGGAAUGGUAGUUUUCAAUACGAAUCAACAUAUUCGGUUGAAAGCAGUCCAACUUCUGCAGCCGUCGGCGAUUUCAAUAACGACGAUCGGCUCGAUCUAGUUGUUACCAGUGAUGACACUGAAAAUCUUGCUCUAUUUCUAGGAUUCGGUAAUGGAUCCUUUGGAGUUCGGAUGACAAUUACAAUUGACUAUACUUCAGAAUCUAUGGCUGUGGGUAAUUUUAACAACGAUAGAAACCUUGAUAUACUUGUGGGAUCGCCCGAUGGAGUAAUUGUGUUACGAGGCUAUGGUAAUGGCUCGUUUGCAUCUGAAAUUAUCGACUCAGAUUAUUCUCCUCCACGCUACAUUUCUGUCGCUGAUUUUAAUAACGAUACUUAUCUGGAUUUUGCUGUUGCUAACUAUGAUUUUGAUAAUGUUGGAAUUUUUCUGAACUAUGGUAAUGGAUCAUUUACACCACAGACUACGUUUUCAGUGGACACGAGUCCAUUCACAUUAGCAGCUGGGCAUUUAAAUGAUGACGGUCGAUUAGACAUUGUUGCAGGUACUAUAGGCUAUCGUACAGUGACAAUUCUACUAGGAAACGGCGAUGGAUCUUUCCAGAAUAAAAUCAUAUAUUCAGUAGGUAUUCUUCCACAAUCAGUAGCAAUUGGUGAUUAUAAUAAUGAUGGACAUUCAGAUAUAGUUGCUGCCAAUGUUGGUAGCGAUUAUUUUAGUGUUCUCUUGGGAUAUGGUGAUGGACGAUUCGCGCCUCAAAUCACAUAUCAAACCGGUUCUAGUCCACGGUUUAUCGUUGGUAGUGAUCUAAAUAGUGACGCUAAACUUGAUAUUGUGGUCGCGAACGCAGGUGAUAACACCGUUACUGUCUGGUUUGGCUGUUCAAACCUUAUUUNACGGAUAUGA